AUGCACAGCAACACAGCAACACACCAAAGCAGCGAGAAUAGCGGACCCAGCGGAAAUGGAAACGCCCUCAUUCGCAGCGAUCUACGCAACUGCAGUGUCAGAAACGCCCGAUUACAGCGCUGCACGCUGGAAAACUGCGUCCUCACUAAUGUGCGUAGUGCGCAGCGGAUACAAGCCUGCCACUCGGCAUUCCACGAUGUGGCCUCGCUUACGCGCAGCGAGUUCGUGGACAGCGUGGUGCGGGACCGCAGUGCCGUGGUCCGUGGGACGGUGAAGAAUUCUGUUGUGCGCGAUGCCAGUACCCUGACGCGGAGUGAUGUUCUCGGAACAACGCUUUCGCAUAGCCAGCUGUCGCGCGCGUGUCUGGAGAAUUGUGAUGCCUCGAAUUGUGUGAUCUCACGCUCCAACUUCAAGGGGAUGGUUCUUAAGUAUGGUGUUUGGGAGAGAGGUCGACUGCUCGAUGCCACGGUGCCUGCCGUUGCGGAAUUGGAUUCCAAAGCCAUUCCAGUUGCCCGAGACACGCGCACGGUUGAUAUUGAUUCGGAUGCUCUCCCUGAUAGCGAGGACUCGGAUCUUUCAGAUGAUCUUGAUUUGCCGCCCCCUUAUAAGCCUUGA